ACCACAGACAACCUCGCUGACCUCACCCCCGCCGCCACGGCGCUCGUUGGAACCACCGCUCCUGCGGCCGCGACUCCACCGACCUCCGUCCUCGGCCACAAGCACACGAUCUCCUGAUCUGAUACUUCCCAGCGCCCUCCUUCCACCAUACAAUGAUGCUGAGACGAUUGGUGGUUCGUUUUCCUACUUCGGUGUUGUGCUCGGCUCAGAAGAUACACACUCCCAUCCUUGGAGAGCGGCCUCUCCCUCUCAAUCUCCCUUCCCAGACAUUCUUGCGAACUUUCCUCGACCUCCACCAGUUUGUCAACAAAGAGGCGAUUGCGAAGGAGCGAGAUAGGCUUUCGGACGAAAUAAACAGAGGAUAUUUUGCUGACAUUUCAGAGAUCCGUAAAAAUGAUGGCAAGAUUGCAAUGGCAAAUAACACUAUAAUUCCAUCAUCAACGGCUGUCAAGUUCCCGGACCUGGAAGUAAGCUUCCCAGAUGGUCGAUGUGUGAAAUUGCCCAUCAAUGCAGCACAAACAGUAACUGACACCAGUCAAAUGCCUGCUCCUUAUGUGUCAUUAUUAUGUCUCUCAUUUCGAGCAAGCUCUCUGGGAAUGGUUGAAUCAUGGAUUCUUCCUUUUCGGGAUGCUUUUAGUGAUGCUGGGACAGUCCAAAUAUACGAGGUGUCAUUCAUAGACUCUUGGCUAUUAUCACUGAGUCCAGCAAGGCGCCUAAUCCUCAAGAUGAUGAGGAAAUCCAACGAUCCUCACAGACAGGUCAUGUACGCCUUCGGCGACCACUACUAUUUCAGAAAAAAGCUUCAAAUUGUGAAUCUACUCACAGGAUAUAUCUUCCUGCUUGAUGGCUUAGGCAGGAUUAGAUGGCAAGGUUUUGGAUAUGCAACAGAAGAGGAACUUUCAUGGCUUCUAUCAUGCACUUCCCUUCUAUUAGAUGAGAAAUGAGCGGAAGUUCAAUUAUGAGUGGCUAAGGAGAUCAAAAAGCUACCAUGACCUUAGGUUAUUUAGUUCCUAGAAUGAUUUGGACAAGUACUUCUACCAAAAAGGGAGGGGAGAACAAAGAACAAUAAAGGAGAGAGAAAACAACUGCAAAUCUAUGCAAAAACAGAGCAGUUGGGGAAAGACCUCAUUUACUUGCUUGCUUAAGCCUGAAACAAAAAUUUUUUGCAGGUGUUUUCAUGAUACUUAUGGUAACUGUGAAUGCCAUGUACAUUGGUGCCAAUUUAUGAAUGCAGCAGGCUUACUGGAGCCAAGCAA